AUGAUAGGCAAAAAUCGUGUUCAUAAGGAAAAUACGAUAACUGCUCGUAAUUUUAAAAAAGCACGUAUGGAUAUGGUUAAGACAGGCGGAUUCGUUGAAACUAGCUCAUCACACAAACGACUUGCUAUUCAUUAUUUCGCGAAAAAUUUUAAUAAUAUUCCGAACUUUCCUGAAUUUCUUUUAUCCAUAAAAUCUGAUCUGUUAAAAAUAUUAAAAUCAUCGCUUGCAAAAAAUCCUAUCAAAUUUAAUCUCAAGUUGGAGGGUACAUACAGAAGGCCCGGCGUAGAAAACUCAUCAGAGAACAGAUCAUUUGUGUGCCCAGCUAAAGCACUUUAUGCAGAGACCGAUUUGACCGAAAAAAUAGGACAAACGUUUACCACGUUACUUGAACAGGAAGAAGUGUAUUUGUCGAGAGGAAGUGGUUUUAUUUUGGAAACAGUAGACGGGGUAAUAUUGACGGUGUAUAGGUAUACGCCAAUGGUUGGUUCGUCCUAUGUUCAGUUGCCAAUUAUGAUUGAAAAUAAAAAAGGAACAAUUAACCCCCAAAAUAAUGACCCUAAAUGCUUCAAGUGGUGCGUUUUAGCAAGACACGUGACGGGUAGGAAUAAGUUUUACAUUAGUAACAAUUAUUACCAACACGAAAAUAAGUAUGAUUUCAGCGGUCUUUCGUUCCCGACACCUUUGUGUGAUGUUAAGAUAUUCGAGCGUAACAACCAGAACGUGUCAAUAAAUGUUUAUGGAAUUGAAAAAAAAUUCGAUCCCUCGUCAAAGUCUAUGCAUAAUGCAAAUAAUAUUUGUAAUUUAUGUAAACACAGUUUCACAACUGUUUUAAAAGUCCGAGACCAUUGCCACCUUACCGGCAAAUUUCGACAAUCACUUUGUUUUAAAUGUAAUCUUGAUUUAAAACAGCCGAAAUUUGUUCCGUGCUUUCUACACAACUUAUCUAAUUAUGAUGCUCAUUUUAUUGUUACGGAACUUGCAUAUGAUGCAAGUAAGAUAGAUGUAAUACCCAACAGCGCUGAAAAAUAUAUAUCAUUUUCUAAACACGUUCAGGUUUAUGCCAUCAAAAUUAUCAACACUAGCAGCAAACCUAUUAACACCGAACUUUGA